AUGGCCUCAAAACGUCCUUUCCCCGAGGACAACCUGAGUUGUCCGGUGUGUCUAGAUGUGUUCCAAGACCCCGUUAUCUUGACGUGCUCACACAGCAUGUGUAGAAGUUGUGUGGAGCAGUCCUGGGAGGGGAAGUUAUCGAGGGAAUGUCCAGUGUGCAGGGCCUCGGCAUCGAACGACCCACUCGUCCCUAAUCUUAUUUUAAAGAAACUGUGCACAAGCUUGAAAGAGAGAAAAAGAACAGCUACAGAAGGGCAGUGCGGUCUGCACAACAAACAACUGAAUCUCUUCUGUGUCGACACUGAAGAGCUUGUGUGUUUGGACUGCAUAGACUCCACAACAGCCACUUCCAGAUUUCGUCUCGUGGAUAAAGUCUCCAUUAAUAUGAAGAAAAAACUCAGGGAACGGCUCACCUCCCUGCAGAAGAAGAUGAAUCGUUUUAAUAAGGCCAAAAAGGAGUCUGUUAAGACAGGUGGAUACAUUAAGACACAGGCUGACGACACAGAGCAGAAGAUCCGUGCGGAGUUCCGUAGUCUCCACCUGUUCCUCGAGGAGGAGAUGAUGACCAGGAUAGAUGCGCUGAGGGCUGAGGAGCGUGAGAGGGCUCUCCGGCUCGGAGAGAGAACGGAGACGCUGGGGAGGCAGAUCGACACCAUCUCGGAGAAGAUCCAGGCCAUCGAGGAGCAGUUGGAGGCUUCAGACACCUCAGUCGUGCUGAAUUACAAAACCACUUUGGACAGAGCCCAGUGCACACUGCAGGACCCAGAGAGGGUUUAUGGGGCUCUGGUCGAUGUGGCAAAGCACCUGGGCAACCUGAAGUACAACGUCUGGGAGAAGAUGACGGAUUCAGUUAUUCAAUACACUCCUGUGAUCCUGGACCCCAACACGGCGUUCCCACGCCUCAUCCUCUCGGACGACCUGACGGCGUUCCGAUUCGGCAUAUGGGAGCCGGUGGGACGGCAGCUCCCUGAUAACCCUCGACUCGAUAACUCAAUUGGUGUGCUGGGCUCCGAGGGCUUCCGGUCUGGCGUGCACCGCUGGGUAGUGGACGUCCACGACAGCGAGGCGUGGCUGCUGGGUGUGAUGGAGGAGUCUGCAGAGGGGCAGGGAGGCGUUCCAAGUUACCUGUUCCUGGACAUGGAAUACCCGGGAAGAUACCGCGCGUGCUCUCCAGAGGGGUCGGUGAAGGUCAGACUGCGCAGGGAGCUGAUGAGGGUCACGGUGACGCUGAAUUGUGAGGCGGGAAAGCUGACCUUCACCAAUAGCAUGGACAAUAGCAGCAUACACACCAUCCAGCACACCUUCACCCAAACAGUGUUCCCGUUCUUCAGCACCACCUGCCCUGAUACUCCUCUUAGGCUCCUGCACAUGAGGAUCUCUGUACACCUCCAGUCAGCCAUGGGCAUCAACACAUCCAAAUGUGCUCUUAAGUGGUAG